AUGAGCCCACCCCAGCGCCUUAUUCGGUUUGACACCUAUGUCAAGCGCCAUCCUUCCCUGUCAGCGGAGGAGUUUCAUGAAAUAUGGACAAAUGAACAUGCUCAACUGCUCAAGAAAUGGCUUGAACGCCACGGCGUCUACCGCUAUACUCUGUUUCACACCCCACCCGCAAUGGCAAGUGAAUACCUUGGUGGCGGCGAUCAGGGCUUAGAAUUUGACGGCCACGCGGAGGUUCUGUUGGAGAGCUGGGAUAUCCUGGCUCGACUGAGAGCCGACCCCUAUUACCAGGAGGUGGUUGAGCCGAGUGAGAAUAAGCUGAUUGACAAGGGUAGUGUGAAGCGCAGGGUCGGAUACGAGGAGAUCUGGGUCACGGAGGGGAAGGCGGUUUGAGUUG